AAAGAAAAAGAAAAGCUGUGUUCUUUAACUAAACCCUGCGGCUCUACAUAAAACCCAGAAACUUCAUAAGGUUGCCAGAGGCAGCAUCUUUUUUCUCUAGUAGAAACCUUAAAGUUCUCUCUUUUUUAGGGUUUCAUUAACUAGCAAUGGCGCCCGAUGCUUCGGAUGCACUUGCAGUGAGACAGAAAGUUCAAAACUUUCUUACGGCUGCUUGUACUGGGAAUCUGGAUCUUCUUAAAAAUAUAGCAGCACAGCUUGAUGAUGGGAAAGGAAUGGCGAAAACUGUGGCAGAUAUUAAGGAUGCUAAUAAAAGAGGGGCACUUCAUUUUGCUGCCAGGGAAGGAAAGACUGAGGUUUGCAAGUACUUACUGGAGGAUUUGAAGCUUGAUGUGGAUACGAAGGAUGAUGAUGGCGAGACUCCUCUUAUCCAUGCUGCUCGGCAAGGACAUACUGCCACUGCAAUGUACCUUCUUGAGCAUGGUGCCAAUCCUGCUGUAGCAAGUGAUUUAGGCGCUACAGCUUUGCAUCAUUCUGCAGGGAUAGGAAACAUAGAGUUGCUAAGGUAUUUACUAUCCAAGGGUGUUGAGGUUGAUUCACAAAGUGAUGCUGGCACACCACUGAUUUGGGCUGCUGGUCAUGCUCAGCCUGAUGCUUUGAAAGUUUUGUUGGAGCACCAUGCUAAUCCUAAUGCCGAAACUGAAGAUAAUAUAACUCCAUUACUAUCAGCUGUUGCUGCUGGUUCAGUAGCAUGCUUAGAAUCAUUGGUUCAGGCAGGUGCUAAUGUGAAUAUUACUGCUGGUGGAGCCACUCCAUUGCACAUUGCUGCUGAUAACGGAAGCUCAGAAAUAUUGCAUUGUUUGCUAAAAGCUGGCACUGAUCCUAAUGUCAUUGAUGAGGAUGGUCAGAAACCAAUACAGGUUGCAGCGGCAAGAGGCAAUCGUGCAGCUGUUGAGAUCCUUUUUCCCUUGACAUCAAAAGUUGAUGAUAUUGCAGAGUGGACUGUUGAUGGAAUUCUUGGGCAUAUGCAUACCGAAUUUGACAAACAACUGGAAGAAAUGAGGAAUCUAAGGGGAGAUGUUGCUGCAGAGGGCACUACAGUACCCAAAAAGGAUAUUUCUGAGGUAUCACCUGAAGCGAAGAGGAGAGCUGCAGAAGCAAAAGCAAGAGGAGAUGAUGCUUUCAAAAGAAAGGAUUAUCGUAUGGCUGUGGAUGCUUAUACACAAGCAAUUGAUCUAGACCCUACUGAUGCCAUUUUGCUUUCAAAUAGAAGCCUUUGUUGGAUACGCCUUGGACAGCCUGAGCACGCCUUAGCUGAUGCAAAGACCUGCAGAUCAUUAAGACCAGAUUGGACAAAAGCUUGCUAUCGGGAAGGUGCAGCUCUGCGUUUAUUGCAGAGGUUUGAUGAAGCUGCAAAUUCAUUUUACGAGGGUGUGAAGCUUGAUCCGGAAAAUAAAGAGCUUGUGGCUGCAUUUAGGGAAGCCGUCGAUACUGGGAAAAAGUUUCACGGAACAGAUCAGGAAAAGAAAUCAUAAUAUGUGCUUUUGGUGAUAUGUUGGUACCAAGAAGAAAGAUAGAAGAAGGUUAUGCGCGAACAUUUGGCAUCACAUACAUCCCCCGGCUACAAAUGAGCUUAUCCUUAUCUUGAACUUUAAAUCCUCUGGAAAGGAUGGGAUAGACAUGAUGUACAUAGAAAGUGAUGUUCAAUAUGCUGACUGUAUCAUGCAAGUCGUUAUAAAUUGAUACAAUUUUUCCGGGGUUUCCUUAGAUCCAUUAAAAGGGUAACCAGUCUACAGAAAGGCUGCUUCUUUUGGCGCUUUGAAAUAGUCUUCCAUUGCAAUUUCUUAAGAAUUCUGAGUGGAAUUACGUUCAGACUAAGUUGGAAGGAGGGUAAACUACUAUUAUAUGGGAAAGUUAUAUAUCAUAUCGUUUUCAUUUUUAUAA